AUGAACGGACAAUCAUAUGCUACGCAGCUGCGCAGGCGUUUCGCUGGUGAUGCUGAUCUACGACGCCGCAGAACGAUCCCUGAGCAACCUUAUGGCUAUGCAAACAGGCCCCAGAUGAUGAACAACUAUGGGGGCACCAUGCCGCAGCAGACUCCCUAUGGAUAUUCAGGCUACAACGCUGUGCCUGCACAGAAGCCGGUGAAUGUAGCGAUGUAUGCUGCAGGUGGCGAAGUUGCACGUUCCAAGGCUUCUUCAGACCGUGAGAAGCAACCUUUGCCAGAACCUCCGCUUCCUCCACCUCCUGGUGAGCCUGAUUGCACAUCAGAUGACGAUGGAGGUGUUGACAACAAUGAGGUGAAACAUCUAGAGACAAGCAAGAACUUCAGCAUCUUCCAGAAGCAUGUCAGGGUCUCUCUGCCAAACGGGGGGGGCAAGCGGAACUUCACUUUCAUGUGCUACGUCAACCAAACCACUGCUGUGCUGGCAGCAGGGAAUUUUGAAGGCCUUGUGAAUGAAAUUAUGGGUGAUUUUGACUCAGCAGGCCGCAAACCUGCGCAUCGGCAAAGCAUCCUGACUGAUCAUGGAGUGGACUCCAAGUUCAUGAAGAGAUGUAUUCGUGAUCAACGGAAGGAGCUUGUCGAUAGAUUGAUGAAUGGCAGUUCCAGCCUGGUAGAGAACAACAUUGUGAAGUAUUUGUGCACCAGAGUUCACGACCAGACCAUCUUGGAGAAGUCUUCCAUUGAGGUGAAGGGAGCUGGCUUUACAGCAUCAUUCUCUGGAUCUCAACAGAAAGUGGAACAAGCGUUCAAACCUUUCAAAGCUGCUUCUGAUUGGAUCAUUCAGCUUCAAAAGGAUGGGGCUCUGUCAAAAUGCGUGAAGCAUGCGGCUGCCAGUGGUAAAGAAGCAGUGGCCUUGCAAAAUGCUCUCGGCACAUUGGUAUCGGCUUCCAGUGGCAGUCUUGCUGAGAUAGCGCAGAAAUUGUCAGAAGACACCACCAAGAACUUGCAGGAUACUCAAGAUGUCACCGCAGCCUUUCUUUCCUGUGAUCCAGUGCAUGCACCUGAGAUGGAAGAGAGUCCGUUUAUUGUUUAUCGUGGACUUGUUCAAGCCCUUUCAGCUCGCAAGCCAAAGGAGAACUCUUUCAAGCUUUGGAUUUUGGCAGGAAAGGAUGGCCUAGUGCUUGACAUCAUUUUGGGCUGUGAUUUGAAUGCUACCUUGACCACACCGGAGCUCGUAGACAGGUGGCAGAAGAUGGAAUACAAGCUUAUGGGACUAGUGUUGUGGGAUGAGGAACAAAGGUCGGAGAAUCACCGUGAUCUCAUGAACCAAAUGGCAAAGCACCAGGAGGGACCUUUGUUGUUGAUUGUCUUUGGAUCCUGUUGUGAUCCAUUCUGCUGGCGAUAUGAUGGAGAUGGUUGCUUCUUGUCGGUCAACCUGAGCAACAAAGGAAAGAAUCGCAGGAAGAACGCCAACUACCAGAUUAUUCCAGUUGAUCAGCUUGGCGUGAGUAUUGCAGAUGAAGCGAAGUUCCUGGUAGACCAAGCAAUUAUUGACCAAAUGGACAUGGCUAUCAAAACAAACCAGGAGAGCAGCACACAACUGCAGGGCGAAGACUUGGUCUCCUUCAUGAAAGUGCCAAUUCCAGAAAAUGGCUUUUGCUUUUGGCACUCUGUAUUGGCAGGCCUUCGUGUGGAGCAGUAUCGCCAAGUACCCCGGCAUACAAAUGUUUUUGCUGUCAACAAGCGACAACUAGCAGCAGAAGCAGAUGCAGCGAAGCGCUUGAUGUUACUUCUUCCAAAUGCAGAGAUACGCUAUGAAAAUGGCUACGUUGGGCUCUGUGACAUUGCACGAAUUGGGGAAGCAUUGAACCUUGCCAUUCGCUGUACUAUUCCAGAUGAGGUUAGUGCGUUAAAGAAGCUCUUCAAAGCUGUUCAGCCUGAAGCUGAUGAGAACUUGGUCUUUGACACAGUUGACCCAUUUGCAGAAGCAAAAGCAAAACAACAACAAGUAGAAGCGUUGUCAGAAGAAACCGCAACAGCAGUAGCGCACUCGCCAGAGCCAGCUACAACUGCUUGUGAGGCCAGCGCUCUGAAUAGCAGUGGCACAGACAAUAUAGCCACCCAAAAUUGUUUUGUGCUUCGAUUGCCUGGAGAGUGUUUGCAGCACCUCUUCAGCAAGUCCUACCAAGCCAACAAUAAGAGCAUCAUACUCAGCUGGAAGCACAAGCUUCUCAGUGGCACAACCAUAGGUUUGAUGGAGAGCUGA